AUGAGUUUUGAUACGCCUGCAGAUUCGCAGAUACUCGGCACUAGAUAUCUUGCCCUCGAGGUAGCAGAAAGUGAUGAUGCUGAUAGCUUAUUGGCUUCUUCAUCCACAGGUAGUCCAGCAGUGGACCCAGCAAAGAGGGUUUACAAGAUUCCAUCAUACAAGAGUUCGAUAGAAGACGAGAAUCAAUGGUCUCUUGGUCUUGCGCGCUCUCCAGCAUCCAAGGCAAGGCCUGCAGGAAGAUCCAUAGAAAACGAGGAAAACCAUAGUAAGCGAUCUUCCACAGGCUCAUCUCUCAAGCAACUCUUCAAUAAAAUUGAUAUCAAUGAUACUAUUCACUCUUCAAACAAAGAAAACACCUCUCAAGUUCAGCUAUCAGAAAACAGAAUUCCGUCUCCUUCUAAAAGGUUAUUGAAGCAAAGUCAUACGAAGGUAGCAAACUCCAAGUUCCGCACACCAUUAAGGCCCAUUUCAAAUCAAUCAACUUUAUCAAGGGACGAAGGAAUCAGGGACUUUGGUCUGCUUAACUCUCGAAGUGGUGAUAAUUGGCGGAGCCCCAACAGUGACAAGAGGGCCAGUUCUCAUGUACACUCGCCAAGUAUUACUUCUAUUGAUUCUUUUAGUUCCAGUGUGUCUUCACCCAAGUGGAAAUUCUGGAAGAACGAUAACCUAUUGUCUAGGUCAUUGUCGUCAAGAUCCAUAAAUGUCCAAGCUUCAGACUCUGCACGAUCACAGACAACUAAUCAGUUGCAGAAAAAAUCUUCCAUCUCAAGUUUCCAGAAUUCCAUCUUUGGCAGUGGAAAUCACACCCAAAAGAAAAGGGAUUCUGGAUUUAUUAUGCCUGAUCAUCAAAGCACGAAGGAAUUGAACCAUAAACAUUCCUCAUCUAAUCUUUCUUUUAGAAGUUUGAAGCACAAGACAUCGCACUCCUCCCUAAAUAAACUUAAGAUAAGACGUAAAGGAAACACACAAGAAUCGAAUGGCCAAGCAAAAUCAGCCUGCCAGAUCUCGCUGCCUGUUCCAGAUCAAGUGUCCAGGGACAAGAUGCAAUUGAAAUUAAAAAAUUCCACGUCACUGGCAUCUUUAUCUUCAGAGAUUACUCCUAUAAAUACUUUAGACUACAACGAUUCAAUCUUACAACAAAUUUUACAGCUUUGCGACGUCAGUUAUAUAUUACAUGACCUAUUUGAAGCCCAAUCAUUAAAUUUGAUUAUGCUAAACAGUAAUUCAGUUCAAUUAUCUCGUAAUUUUUGGAAAACUUAUUAUAGCGAUACGCAAGCUUCAAUUAUUUGUAAGAAAAUCAGUCUCGGCACUUUGAGUGAUCUAACCACUUCAAAUUUGAUAUCUCUGCACGAGUUGAAAUCACUUCGAUUCUUGCAAGGAACUACUGGGGUUGCUCAUUUGUUGCAAGCGUAUAUUAUGCCAUCAGAUCAGAAUAAAGGUGACCAAGCCUUGGUAUUGUACUUAUUCUUCAAAGACCAUGGAACUCCUCUGUCCAGAUGUCCCAAGAUUGAUUACUGUCAAGCGUUGUCCAUUUUUUGGCAAUGUGCUAGCAUUCUGUACGUUACUGAAUCCAAAUUUCAAUUUGAGCACAGAAAUUUGACCUUAGACCAUAUUUUGGUGGAUCCUAGAGGGAAUGUUACUCUGAUUGAUCUAAAAUGCUGCCGUUUUGUAAGUGUAAACACCAAUAAAGCAUUUUAUACAAGAUUAGACCACCCUUUUUUUUUUCAAGGACAAGGAAACUUACAAUUUGAAAUAUACGAAUCCAUGAGAAGUUUGUUAUCUCAGCCGACAUCCUGGGCUACUUUUGAACCAAGAACAAACCUAUUAUGGUUGUAUUAUGUCAGUAUCAACUUGCUAAAGAUGGGCAGGAAAAGCGGAGGCUCCCACGUUUCGAACCAUGAAGAAAGUGUCUUGAUUAAAUUGGCACAUUUGCUCGAUCCAGCUCGAAGACAAUCCAAGAAAAUUUUUAAGAAAAAAGAUCUUUCUAUCAGAACAUGCGGUGAUUUAUUAUCUUCCAGACAAGAUAUCAUGGAAUAA